CACGCUGUACCCAUUACAAUACAAGACACACCGAGUUUAAGAUAACGCGGGACUAAUGAGGUUGAUAAAAAAAAAGUUACUGUUAGUGCCCUAGUACCGUCAACACAAAGUGUUAUUAACAGAGGAGAUAAGACGUCAACAAGUGCUGCUGUGCGUUUCAGAGGCAGCACAGUCGGCAAAGCGUGUUCCUGCACUCAUUUUUCGCUGACGUCUUGGUGCUUUGCAGCCGUAUUUCACUCACCACAUUCUCCGAGAGAUCCAAGGAAAAACCACCAGGAGGGGGAAAAAAAAAAAAGAGAGUGGAAAGUCUCGGCUGAAAUCACCACAGUGGAAGAAGUAUGGACUGAGGGCCUGUCUGCGAGUGUUUCUCUGCAUCAUCGAAGUGUGUGCGCGCGUGUGUGUGUGUGUGUGUGGGUGUGUGUGCGUGUCUUAAAUGCGACUAGCUGAAAGGAAAUCAUGUCAGCGAUACACACCUGGGCCUGUCUCCUCCUCUGGAUCGGCUUUGCCACACAGGACAAAACCCCAGACGUCACCGUGACGUGCUUUGUUUCGGAGGAGUGCGUGCUCCCCUGCAGCUUCAAGCCCGGCAGCAAGGAGACCAUCGUGUGGUUCCGGCAGGACGUGGUGGUGUACAAGUUUGAGCGGGGGGGCGGCGACGACGACGACGACGAAGACGACGACGACGAUGACGACGACGACAACGACAGCAGCAGCGAGGAGCACCGCGACCCCAAGCAGCUCGAAGGACGCGCGUCCGUUUUCCCGCACCUGGUGUCCCGCGGCAACGCCACCCUGAUCCUCAGGAGCAGCGGCCUCAAGGACAGAGGCACGUACAGGUGUCACGUGCGCACGUCGAGCGGCGAGCACAACGCAAAAGUUAUCUUGAAGGUGGAAGCGCCCAUCCGACUUUUGUCUCUGGAGCUGUCGAGGCUGAGCGGCUACGAGGAGAUGAAGUGCAGCAUCCGCAAUGUCUUCCCGGCUCCUCGUGUAGCCUGGGCGACCGAGCCGCCCACCUUCGAGGACCUCCGACCGGUCACGCGCAUGCUGGCCGACAAACAGGGGCUGUACACGGUGGACAGCCGCCUCAGACUGCUGAACGGACGACCGGACCUCAUAUACAUCUGUAAAGUCACCACCCCCUACGGCAGUCCGGCCUGGACUGCCUCGCUCAGGGAAAGAGAAAUAAAAGGAACUCAGGGGAGAGAUCUGACCAUCCCCUGCUCCGCCCCUCCUUACCUGAACAACCCCGCCCUCGACUGGAGCUUCUCCAGAGGCGACGACCCCUCCCACAUCCUCACCUACGACAUUCGGUCGGGGUACAGCGUCUUCACGCCGCCGUGGGACAAGACCGUGGAGCUGGACGGCUUCAGGGUCCCGUUUGGAGACGGCUCUUUGCGACUGAUGGACCCCAAGGGGGGGGAGCACACGGGCAGCUACGCCUGCACGUUCUCCUUGCCGUACAUCACACACACCGAUCGCACCGACGUCACCAUCGACGGCCCUGUCGGUCAGCAAAGGAAGCCAUGGGAGCCGUCUUACUGGUGGAUCGUCGGCCUGGUGAUUACGGGGCUGGUUCUUGCCCUGGCAGGACUGCUGGCCUUCCUGAAGGUGAAAGGAAACUUGGGAAGGAAGCCCAGAAACGACCCUGAGGAGGUGACGGAGCUGCAUUUGGUCAAAGACCCGACAGCAGACCGUAACCCGAACGAGAGCAGCGCCUUUAAUGCCGGCGGCACCAACGGACAAUCGGGGCCCCAGACCGGCACUCGGUUAACCUGAGGGCAAACGGAAGCACCGAGCCGGCAACCCCUACACUAACAAAACACUAACAAAACCAACACACACACACACACACACCGAAGAGGAACUAAGAAUUUCUACAUGAAUUAUACUGGAUUAUACUAUAAGCUUUCAAACGACUACUUUGGCCUUUUUGGGUGUUUCUGGUUGCUCUUCUCGGUCCAUUUGGAUUUUAGAGGAAACCCUGAUAAACCGCUACUUUUGAUGCGGACGUGCAGAGCACGCACUCCCGAGCGUUAGGGAAAAAAAAUGCUUUCUGCGUCUUCAUGAAGGGUUUGCGGAACCUCGAGAGUGUAGCUAGAACUUUUUUCUUUUUGAGGGAAAUGUUUUCCUGCGAAGAACCCUAAAGGCGCUGCCUGCCGAAUCUAAAAGCCAGCUCCCAUCCCAAGAACUGUUGGAGAUGUUUUGUCGAAACUAUGGAACUUAGUUCAGAUGAGGGGGCGGGGUUUGCGGCGGUCAAAGCGGUUUGACUGCCGUGGCUGCUACUUGUGCGCGCUCGCAACAGAAAGCUGUCCGGCAAAAAUUCAUCACUAGGCUCAUUAUUAGUUCCUGGAACUAAUUUUGUCCAAAAAAAAAAAAAAAAAAAAAAUUGUAUGAUGUUUUCAGAUGAAGUCUUCUCUUCUCUUGGGGGCGGAGUCAGUUGUCCCCGGGGCGGUUAGGGAUGUGUCCUCGUGCUCUCUGCCGCGGCCUCGACUGACCUGCUGCACCGCUUCCAAGAGGCCACGUUCCUUCUGGGAGUCGCCGCCUGGAUAAUAAAAAAAAUAUGGGCUGUGACUCCGAGGAAGUGACUGCGUCUGCACAACGCACGGUUUCAGUUUGACGUGGAGGGAGUAACCCUUUAAACACGCCGUCAAACACUGAUAAGAGAUGUGGGAUUGUUGAUCUGUCUCUCUGCACUGCAACGUUUCAUGAGUUGUACCUGACCUCUGUCACAGAUUAAUAUAACGUUAUUAAAAAAGACUAACUUUCUGA